CCGAGGGUGAAGCAGAAGGGUUACAUAGCGUUGGAAAGAGUUUUCUGCCUGGGUUUAGGUAAUGCUGUCUGAGCUGUGGCUGGGUGCCUGGCUUGAACUCUGCAAGCACUUUGGUCAGCUCACAGGCAGACAGGGAGAAAUUGCAGGGAUCUGCUUUCUGAUUUUAUUUGUUUUUCUGAUUUUGCUGUAGUCUGGUGAAUGCUUCCAGAAGAGUAAAAUUAGCUCAUGUUAGAGACCAGAAUCUUGAGUUUCGCCCAUCCAAAAUGAGCAUCCUAACAUCAGAUGAGAUACCCAGUUCUCUUUUUUUUUGCCUGCUGUUUUUCUGUUUCCUUGCUUUCACUGUCAUCUCACCCCGUGCCUGAGCUUGAUGUUUGAGCUAUGUCUAGCAAACUAGGCCUUUUAAAGGACACGUGCCAGAGAGCUUCUGUUCAACUCCAAGAUGACCCCAGACAGAAGGUUGCCAAAUGGAUGCCAGAGACAAGCAGCUUUUACGCUCCCUGCGCCUGGAGCUCUGUACAGAGGUGCUGGUGGAUGGACUGGUUAUUCAGUAUCUCUACCAAGAAGGGAUUCUCACAGACAGUCAUGUUCAAGAGAUAAAAUCCCAAACCACAAGUCAAAGGAAAACCAUGAUGCUCCUUGACAUUCUCCCUACUAGAGGACCCAAAGCUUUUGAUGCGUUCUUGGAGUCCUUACAGGAGUUCCCGUGGGUUAAAGACAAGUUGAAUGCGAAGCGUAAGGAAAUGAUAGUACAAGAUCCUGCAGACAUAACUGAAAUUGCACCAUGUAUUUUGAAGAGCUCACCAACAGAUCAGCAGAUGAACAAGCUUGCAAAGAGACUGGGACCUGAAUGGGAGCAUAUUGUUCUGUGCUUGGGUUUGUCCCAUACUGACAUCUAUCGAUGUAAAGUCAAUCACCCUCACAAUGUGCAGUCACAGAUUGUAGCAGCAUUUGUCCUGUGGAGACAGCGUUUUGGGAAGAAAGCAACAAUUCAAAGUCUGCAAGCCAGUCUGAUGGCAGAAGAAGUGGAUCCUUCUGUGAUACAGUACAUGCUCGACUGAAGCCUUGCUAUUGAUUGGGAGCUUUUACGCACUUUGCUAAAUUAAAUAAAGAGGACUCACUGAGACGUAUUGAAGAUCUGGUGCAUCAGACUGGAAGAACUGGGAUUGAGAACUGUGAUUUUAUUAAGCAUAUACAUUCCAGUUUUCUGUGGCAUCUUGUGAUUUAUAAUUCCUUUCAUGCCAGAUUAAUUUUUAGCAGGCAUUAAAAAAUGGAUCACUCUUUCCUGUUCACUUUUGUACUAUUCCAAUGGGGAUAUAAGGUGACACUUAAGGUCCUUGCAAGCAGGAGGCCCUGCAGUGAGUUCAGCAAGGUUUCUGGUUUCAUUGCGGGCGCAACACUUGGUUUAACCUAUAUUCUGGACUGUGUAGGAGCUUUUUUUACUGCUGUUCCGUGCUAGUUCCCUGAUAUCCCAGUAAGAAAUGAGAAUAAUCAUGGUUACUAAUUUAACAAUUUUAUAACAGUUAUUGCAGGUGGCCCAUUUCACAUUUGUUGAAGUUUUAGCACAUACGGUUUCUUGCUAGGGUAGAUGGCUGCCACCUUAGUCUACCUUUGAAACUGGCCCCAAGUGGAAGUAAUGGGAACGUGGCAUGCCUGUGAGGUUUUUUCCCAUUAUUAUUUAAUGGAUGUAGGUUUCUCCAAGGAGACAGGCACUGUGCUUGUAUGCUGUCUCUAAGCGUAGCAUGGGUGGGGAACUCACUGGAAAGUUAUGCAGCAGAAAAGGGACCACAGCAUGGGCAGGGGAUGGUAAACAGAGCAAGAAGGUGCCUAUGAAAUGAGAUGACUUCUAGGUUGUCCAUGUUUAUCCCAGCUAAUAAACUGGAAGAUAAGGUGA